AUGAGCGACACUCAUUCAUCUGCAAGUGGUGGAACGUCUUCGGUCUACCGGGGUGUCCGCAAGCGCAAAUGGGGCAAAUGGGUGUCUGAGAUACGUGAUCCAGUGACCAAAUCGCGUAUUUGGCUAGGGAGUUUCGACACACCCGAAAUGGCAGCAGCCGCAUACGAUGCAGUGUCGUUUUAUUUUCGGGGAGACUGUGCCCGGCUUAACUUCCCCCAAAUGGCAACCGCUCUCCCCCGCCCUGCUACCCCCAGUGCUGAUGACAUACGUGUGGCUGCUCACGAGGCUGCAAUGCUCCUCAAACCGUCGACAUCUGAGAUUGACACUGGCUCGAGCUCGGGUCAUUCUGUGCCCACCAAUGUCGGACUUUCCCCAAGCGAAAUCCAGGCCAUUAACGACUUACCGCUUGAUUCCCAUGAAACAUGGAUGGAAUAUAACAACGACCCAACAAUGUAUUAUUCCAAUCCUGCUAGCUUUGAUCAUAACUGGGAUGAGGUACCUGAUGAUUCCCUCUGGGAUCCGUAG